AUGAAUAGAAUAUCAUUAUAUGAUUUUGUGUUGGACGAAAUAAAAGGGGGGAGGUAUUACGAGCCAUACCAGAGUGAUAAUGAAAAUUCUGAACAAGAUGGCAACGAUGAAAAAGAGGGUAUGGGAAAUCAUUUAAAACAUAUGAGCUAUAGUAAUAUUCAUCAAAGCAAGGAAGAAAAUAAACAUGAUUUUUACGAAUUUUUGGAUGACCUAUUUAAAACACAUACAAUACCAGAUAAUGCUUUAGAACAUAUGAUAUAUGUGCCAUUUUUUUUUGAAAAAAUUAUGAGUUUAUCAUUUUUGUUAUGUUUAGAUAAUAUUCUUUAUGACAUAACAUUUAUGCCUAUACAAGUAAUUCGAUCAAUUUGUAUUUUAUUCUAUAUAUUAUUAAAAAAUAUUAGUACCAAUUUUUUAAAUCGAUUUAUUGAUAUAAAAAAUUUCAAAUUUUAUAAAUAUGCAACUACUUGUAAUUUUAAAUAUUUAAAAAGAUACAAAGCUCGAGUAAUCAAAAAUUCAAAUAAAUUUAUAAAUACAGAAAUGAUAAGAACGGGUAAAAAAAUCAAAAAUAAUGGAAACAAUGAUAUAGAUAAUUCUUAUAAUUUAAAAAAUUAUACAUAUGAUAAGUUUGAUGGGUAUCAUGAUAUAGAUGGUUUUACAUAUAAUAAAAAUGUGUCAAAUUCAGAGGAUAUAAUGAUGUAUGGGGAAAAAUAUUCUAUGGAAAAUAAUUUAGCAUUAAUGAAAAUAAGAGAAGGUAAAAAUGGUGAUGAUGAGUUAAAUACUACUUUUUCUCAUAGUGAUAACGAAAAUGACAAUAGUAGUAUUGAUUUUCUAGAUUAUAAAAAUGUUGGAAGUAGUGAUGAAUAUAAUAGUAAUUAUAGUAGCAGUUUUUAUGCAUCAAGAGUAUAUUACAUGGAUAGUGAACAUUCAGAAAAAAUAUAUUAUAAAAAAAGUAUUCGUGAUGCUUUAGUUAAAAAAAAAUCAUUAGUAAAUUUUAAAUAUACAUAUAGUAGAAGUAUAGGGGAUGGAACCUCUACUGAGAUUUAUGGAAAUGGGUUUGGAAGAAAAAGAAGAAAAAAAGAAAAAUAUAAAUUAUAUAAUAUAAAUUCUUUUGAUAAAAAUGUUAAAAGAAAUAAAAUAUAUUUACUUAUUUAUUUUCUAUUUAAACCUUUCAUUUUAAUAGCAAAACUAUUAUUUAUUUUUUUUAAAUAUAUAGUUAAUUAUUUCUACUCAUUUUUUCUUAUUAUAUAUAUGAAUAUAAUACACUUUUUCCAUAUUAAAAAGUUAUAUACCUUUAAUGAUAUUAAGAAAGAUGAUAAAACAAAAAUAUCCACCAGAUCAUUUGAAAUUAAAUACUUGUCUAGCAAACAGCAAACUGAUAAUAAUCCCCAAAAUGGCGAAAACAACGACAAUGAUGAUUGUGUAAAAGUAUAUAAAGAAAAUCUAAACUCGAAUCAGGAAAUUAAUAACUUAUCAUCACAAAUAAAGCCAUUCGAUAUAGAUAUUCAAAAAGCAAAACUUGAAAAGGAUGAAAAUAAAAAAAAUGAAAAAAAUAGGCAGAUCAACUAUUCAGAGAACAUACAACCCAAAUCAAACGUAGAAAAAAACAAAAAAAAAGAGACUGGAAAAACUACUAACGAAGGUGGAAAGACAGUAAAUUUUACUAAUUUAAGGAAUGUAGUUAAUAAAUAUAUUAAUAAAAAAACGCAUAAAAAAUAUAAUUUAAAAAAAAAAAAAGAAGAAAGUGACGUAAAUUGUAGAGAUAAAGAUGAUAUACACGAAAAAAAUAAUGAAAAUACAAAAAUAGAUGAUGAAAUAAAAAAUGAAGGUUUUACAAUGAAUGAACAAAAUGGUGAUAGUUAUUUUUAUUACACAUGUAAUGAUCAAUAUUCAGAAAAAAAAAAAAAAAAUGUUAAAAAAGUGAAAAAUAUGAAAAAGAAACUUUUAAAGGAUCAUAUAAAUUUUUUUAAUUUAUCUUUCCCAGAAUAUAGUGGAUUAAUAAGAACCUCAUUAAUUUUAAUUUGUAUAUACAUUUUUUCAUUUCUUGAUACAUCUCGAAUUUAUCAUUACAUUCGAGCACAACCAUUUAUGAAGCUAUAUGUUGUUUUAAACAUGCUUGAAAUUUUAGAAAGAUUGUUGAGAUCAUUAGGUAAAGAUUUAAUUGAUAAUAUGAUAAGAACAUUUAUAAGGAUUAUAAACUUACGAUCAUAUAUAUACAUAAUUCGCAAGCACUAUAAUAAUAUGACAAAUGAUGAUGUAAAUUUUAGCAAUACAUCUUUAGAGGGUCGAAGAAAAAAAACAUACAUAAUAAAUAAAAAUGAUAUAUUACACGAAGAGGGAAAUAUAAAGAAAAAAAAUGAAAAAGUUAAGUUCUCAGAAAUUUCCACUAAAGAGUAUCAAAAAAAUUCGAAUUUAUAUGUAAAUUAUAAAGGAGUUAGUUUUAAAAAAAAUAAUGAAGAUCCAUAUUUUAAUAAGGAAAAAAAUAUGUUUGCUUUUUUAAAAAAUAAUAAUGAAAUGGCAGCAAAUUUCAAAUUACCAAUAUUUUAUCCAUUUUUAAGUAUAUUAAUCAAAUUUAUUUUGCAAUAUAUUUUUGUUCUCGCCUAUAUUUUGACUCACGCCUUUGCCCACCUCAUUCGGUUCCUUUCUCUCAACAUUGCAAUUAAUUCGUCAGAGUCUACUAUGUUUCUUAUUUUAGUUAUGAGCAAUUUCACAGAGAUAAAAUCAACAGUCUUUAAAAAAUUUAACAAGAUAUCCUUAUUCACAAUUGUAGCUUCAGAUGCUGUUGAACGGUUUUAUUUAUUUAUAGAUGCUUUUCUUGUUUUAUUAAAAAUGUCAACAGCUUAUAGAACCCAAAAUUCGUUCCUUAGUAUUACUAGCUGGCUGAUAAUUAUUCUAUUACUUGAGAUUGGUGUUGAUUGGUGCAAGCAUUCAUACCUUUUGAAGUACAACAAAUUAAAAUCCGAGUCUUUAAUCAGAUAUUUUCAAACUUUGUUAGCAGAUGUAUUAAUUUCUAGAACAACGAAUAAUAACAUUUAUUACAUGAAAACGACAUCAUUUGAAGUCCCUUGUAAAAAUAUUUUUUCAUUCCCACAUAUACCAACAAGACGACUUGGAUAUAUGUCAAUGCCAGUUGUGACCCUAAUUGUAUGUUCACUUCCAAGACUAAAUUAUUUAUCAAACAUUUCACUGCUAUCAUUUGCCUUGUCUAUAUGGACAUGUUUAUUCCUUUUCAAGAUAAUAUUAUCAAUUAUGAUCGUAUCCUAUACAAUAUCUGAAAAGCAUCAACUUAAAAAUUUAAAGAAGCCAUAUGAUGACAUAAGCGCUUUAUGA